ACGUGAUCCCGGGCGUGCUUUGCUUAACGCCAGCGUGUACUGUGGAGGUCAGCAAGCGUGAACGGGGAGGGUACGAACAUAAGAUCUAUUAUCAUAUAAUACAAUAUAUAUCAUUAUAUUUUUGGAAGAGUAAUAUUGGCGUGGGUAUGCGCUAGUGAAUACAUAUAAGAUUUUUAUUUGCCUGUCAUCACUCGGAAAUAUUAUUAAGUAACACGCACGGCGCACCAGACUGUCACUUCUCAAUUCUUCAUCUUUCUCUGGUUCGAUUGGUCCCGGUUCUGAUACACAAGCAGAGCGAUGGAUAACACAUCCGGAGCAGGCGGUUCGGGGUCCAGAGCCGGAUUCGGGAGUCUCUUUGGAGGGGGAGCUGAGUAUUCAAAUACGGAACUAUCCGGGGUGCCGUUGACAGGAAUGAGCCCCCUCUCCCCCUACCUCAAUGUGGACCCCCGUUACCUGGUGCAGGACAGCGAGGAGUUCAUCCUGCCGACAGGAGCCAAUAAGACACGAGGACGCUUCGAGCUGGCCUUCUUUACCAUCGGGGGGUGCUGCAUAACAGGCGCUGCAUUCGGAGCCGUGAACGGACUCCGGCUUGGCCUGACAGAGACUCGGGACAUGGCUUGGUCCAAACCGCGCAACGUGCAGAUCCUGAACCUGGUGACACGACAGGGGGCAGCGUGGGCCAACACCCUGGGAUCGCUGGCUCUGCUGUACAGUGCGUUCGGGGUGAUCAUUGAGAAGACGCGCGGAGCAGAGGAUGAUCUCAACACUGUAGCAGCCGGGACACUGACUGGAGUGCUGUACAAAUCCACAGGUGGUCUGCGAGGCAUGGCCCGCGGUGGGCUGAUGGGUCUGGCACUUACAGGACUCUACUCUCUCUACAACAACUGGGAGCACAUGAGGGGCAGCUCCCACCGCCAGUCCCUCUGAUGCUGGAAGCCUCUCACCCCCCCCCCCCCCCGACUGGAAUGGAUCAUUCUCCACCUGCACGCCCAUUGGCUGGCCAGGGUGUACCAUCUCUCACCUCAGAAGAGGGGUUUCCUCCCAUUCUAGUUCUGGACUUUAUGAUAACGAUGUAAAUAUCAGGACACUUUCAAGUGCUGCUGCUGCAGUAAACAGAGGAGCUGUAAUGGUUUGAAUGAGGCUUGUGGAGCAGUCUGUGUGUCGCAGCCUCUUCUGUUAUCAUUCAAAAAGAAACUAAUUAAACCUGGACUUUGAUUGUUUAAGUAGAGUUGUGUUCCAAAAGAAUGGUCUAAAAACUUAUGGUUGUGGCUGAGAUUGUGUGUGUUUAGAAUCUCCCCCGUUAAGAGUGUUCAGUCACAUUUUGUUGGCCUUCCUUUUUAUAGAGAAGGAGGAACUGUAUCUAACUGUGAAACAGACACUUGACUUCCCCGGUAGGAAACAAAAUAAACUUUUUUCUGUGCUUUUA